AUGUCCCAGGUAGUAGGCAAGACGCGCCUUGCGUACGCCCGUUCAUGGCACUUCAUCGACAUUGGCGCCGAUCCACGAGCCCUCGGGCGCGUUGCCUCCUCCAUCGCUCUUGCACUGAUGGGCAAGCACAAGCCCAUCUUCGACCCCUCCACCGACUGCGGUGACUACGUAGUCGCGGUUGACUGCGCAAACCUCCACACAACAGGCAAGAAGCGCUUCCAGAAACUAUACCGCACACACACAACACGCCCCGGCUCGCUGAAGGAGAUCAACAUGGACCGUAUGAUGGCGAAGUGGGGAGGCGGUGAGGUCUUGAGGAAGGCAGUUAGCGGCAUGCUGCCAAAGAACAGGCUGAGGAAGGAGAGGCUGGCGAGGCUGAAGACAUUCGAGGGACCAAGCCAUCCGUAUGGAGAGAAUCUGCUGAAGGUUGGGAAUGGUGGGGGCCAGGGUAUUGCGGAUCACCCUGAUGUUAAGAGGGCGUUUGAUGGGAUAAAGGAGGCUGCACAGGCACCUGCAUCAUAG